CGCAGGUGUGCUCUAGCCCAGCCGCGCUCUAUGGUGCGCGGGCACUUCCGGCUUCUCUGCCGCCUGGAGGAUGAGUGUCGCCGGGGAGCGGCCACGUGACUCCUCGGGGCUAGGGCCCGAGUUCGGCCCCUCGGCCCUGGGGACCAAAGAGCAUUGGGAUGCUGCAUAUGAAAGUGAAUUACAGAUUUUUCAGGAGAGUGGAGAUGCUGGGGAAAUUUGGUUUGGAGAAGAAAGCAUGAUUCGUUUAAUCAGAUGGAUGGAAAAACAAAAGAUCCCUCUGGACAGCUCUGUGCUUGACAUUGGAACUGGAAAUGGUGUUUUACUUGUUGAAUUGGCAAAAUGUGGUUACACUAAUCUCACUGGAAUUGAUUACUCUCCUUCUGCAAUACAACUUUCUCAAAACAUAAUAGAGAAAGAAGGGCUGUCUAAUAUUAAAUUGCAGGUAAAAGACUUCUUGACUCCAUCAGCUGAGCUAUCAGGAUUUCAGAUUUGUAUUGACAAGGGAACCUUUGAUGCCAUAAGCCUUAAUCCUGACAAUGCAGCUGAGAAGAGGAAGCAGUAUGUGAAAUCACUCUGCACGGUGUUGAAAAUGGAAGGCUUUUUCCUCAUAACCUCUUGUAAUUGGACCAAAGAGGAGCUGCUAAAUGAGUUCAAGGAAGGAUUUGAAAUUCUGGAGGAGUUGCCAACACCCAAGUUCUGCUUUGGAGGGAGAAUUGGAAACAGUGUAACAGCCUUGGUUUUCCAAAGAAAAAAAUAAGGCCAUCCAUCUUGGACAAAUUAGAUUAGCUGAGAAAAGAAAAGUCUUCACUUCAAAGUAAACCUGAUGCAAAGGAGAGAGAGAGAGGAAACCCCCCCAGCAUCUGUGUAAAUAACUGCUCACUGAGUACACAAUAAAACACAGUGCAUGUGCUGUACUGCAAUGGGCCUCCAUAAAAUUCAGGGCAAGUUAUAUAUAACUGAAAUGUUUCUAGGGUAAAUUCUGCUCUUGUGCUGUUUCUCUUUGUUAUAGCUUCAUUUAUUUCAACAAAAUUGUGUGGGUGUAAGAGGAAAAAUAGUGGCACUCUAAUUUUUCAGAGACCAUCUAAAACUAUUCACAUUACUUUUGCAUUUGAAGUGUAAAUAUUUUUUUCCUAUUUAAUUUUUAUUUUGGUUUCUAGUGACCAGUUUAAAAUAAAUUUAAGCAGUAAUUGAA